UAUCAUGCUCGGGCACUGGAUAUUUGGAGCUGCAAUGUGUCAUAUUGUAAUCUUUCUUCAACAUGUUUCAGUCGUGGUCAGUAUUUGCACACUAAUCGCUGUUGGAAUCGAUCGUUACAUAGCUGUAAUAUAUCCACUAAGAUCCCGAGUAACCACUAACCCUACGAAGAUUGUAAUAUUCGUAAUUUGGAUAAUAGCUAUCACCCUGUCUGUAUUCCAAGUCAUAUUUGUGGAAGUUACCGAUAACUACUACAACGGCGAAGUCGUAUACUUCUGCAGUGAAUGGUAUCCUAGUGACAGAUUUGCACAUGUAUGGGAAAUCGUUUUUCAAGUGUUGACGUACUUCGUUCCACUCUGCAUAUUGAUGUUUACAUAUACCAGAGUAGCGCUUCGUCUAUGGGGCCAUAGUAUACCAGGAAACACUGAUGCCAGCAGAGACGCAGACCAUGCGAAAGCUAAGAGGAAGAUCAUAAAGAUGUUGGUAGUUAUCGUUAUGCUGUUUGCUAUAUGUUGGUUACCGAAUCAUAUAUUCAAAUUGGUUGUAAUCUACAAUGUACAGCUCUAUUAUGAGAUAGAAAGUCAGGACCGGAUGAGAAUAAUCAACGCAUGCGUACUAUGGCUGGCGAUGUCAAAUAGUUUUGUCAAUCCAAUCAUCUAUGGCUUUUUGAGUGAGAAUUUCCGUGUCGAUUUGAAAGCCUUCAUUAGAAGAUGCCUACCCGGACAACGUCAUUUUUUGUCUAUAUCAAAGUCCACUACCACAGCAGCAACACAAAUGAAACGGAUGUCUUUCUCUCAAUCACGCAGUCAGAAAAGUACAAACUCGCCGACAAACUAGACGUUUGUACUCAAGUGAUAGUACAACUAUACCACUCUUCAUUGACUAGUCUGAGUACCAUUAAUGUUGAUCUAUGUAUUAAUUAUCUAUUAUUGAACUCCUAGUAUAAAGUAUAUGUAUAUGUACACGUUACCACAUCUUUGUUGUCAGGGUAAUUGUUGCCGCUAUAUUGGCGUAGUUUUUGUAAUCUUGUUCUCAGCACAAAUCCACUUUGUUAAUAAAUUACCAGACUAUAUCUAAUGACAUGUAUUGAUAUCUUAGGAACGGUUAUUCUGCAAAAGUAUGAAUUGUGUAUUAUUAUGAGUACUGUAGUACGAGCGUAGCCUUUUCAAUGGCACGCAAUGUAGUUAUUGUCCUUAAGAAUCCAGUUCUCUUCUGUGGUAAUACGAGCUUAACUCCUCUAAUCUCACUUCGUAUUACUGAAUUCCUGCUAAUUCUUGCGAAUUCAGUAAUAUGCUGAUUAGUUAUUUCUAUCGCCUGCAGUGUAGAUGUUUUCCCUGUAAAUUCGGUCCUGGUUCUUCCAAUCACAUCCAGUGUUGAUAUUGUCCUUAUGAAUUCGAUGCUGUUAUGUGGAUAUACAGGCGUUGAUCCUUCAGUCCGAAGUGUAUGUGUUAUUUUUACUGUUAUGUUGUAACAUAUAUAUACUAUUUCUCAUCAAGUAAAUAAUAUCUUACAAUUCUAUCACAGUUUCUAAAAUGUAUUUCCAACAAUCUAUUUACUAUAUUACUAUUGUUACUAGUGAAAUAAAUAUUUCCCGUUUUGUUUUCAAUUGUGUUUUUUUUUUCCAAAUAAUAAGUACCUUAAGUGUAUGGAUGGUCCAGUUAAAAAGAACAAAAAUAUGUAUAUAAACAAAAUAUCUAUUUCAAACAA